AUGACGAAGAACGAUGACUCCCUUAUGUUGAAGUCGGAGCAGGAGAAGUUACUGGAAGAAACGUGUCUUACAGUGCGAUCCUUAUCGUUCGAAAUGAAGCGAUGUUUGGAUAAAGGUGUUUUGAUGGAUGCAUUAAAGCAUGCAUCACAAAUGCUUUCGGAGUUGCGUACUGGAACACUUACACCGAAGUACUACUACAGGCUUUAUGUUGAUGUGACUAAUGAACUGCAGCACUUGGAAGCCCAUCUCACUGAAGAUUAUGAGAAAGGAAAAAAAGUUGCUGACUUGUAUGAGCUUGUUCAGUAUGCUGGCAAUGUUAUUCCUCGUCUGUAUUUAUUAGUAACUGUUGGUGUUGUGUACAUAAGACUGGGGGAAGCGAAUGCUCGAGAUAUAUUGAAGGAUUUAGUUGAGAUGUGUCGUGGUGUGCAACACCCACUUCGCGGUCUUUUUCUACGUAAUUAUUUGUUGCAGUGCACCAGGAAUUUAUUGCCUGAUAUAGCAGAGAGUAAUAAUGAUGAUCAUGGAGAUGUACGAGAUGCAAUCGAUUUCAUUAUGGUGAACUUCGCCGAAAUGAAUAAAUUAUGGGUACGAAUGCAGCAUCAAGGGCCAAGCCGAGAAAAGGAUAAGCGUGAACGUGAACGACGAGAAUUGCGAAUCUUGGUAGGAACAAAUCUUGUUCGGCUUUCGCAGUUGGAAAAUCUCAAUAUUAAUAGUUAUCGCAAGAUUGUUCUGCCAGGAAUUCUGGAGCAGGCCGUAUCAUGCAAAGAUGCAAUAUCUCAAGAAUAUCUUAUGGAAUGUGUCAUUCAGGUUUUUCCGGAUGAGUACCACUUGGCAACUUUGCAUGAAUUUCUCCAUGCUUGCUCUGAACUGGAUCAAGGCGUUCAAAUAAAGAAUGUCUUCAUAGCUUUGAUUGAUCGCCUUGCUAUUUACGCUUCAUCUGAAGGUAUUGAAAUUCCUAGCGAUUUGCCCCUGUUUGAGAUUUUUUCAAAACAGACACAAUCAGUGAUAAUGAGUCGAGAAGGAAUGCCACCGGAAGAUGUCGUUUCUUUGCAGACUGCUCUCGUCAACUUUGCUUUAAAAUGUUAUCCAGAAAGAACUGACUAUGCAGAUAUGGUUUUCGCCACUACGGCAAACGUUUUUGAUAAAUUUAAGAUAGUAAGAACUUCGUAUAAUAGCGUUGUUGGCCGCGAGAUAAUGAAGAUUUUGCGAAUCCCAGUGGAUCAAUAUAAUAACACUGACAAACUACUCCAGUUAGAACAUUAUGGUGAUGUCUUAGGAUUGAUGGACUAUCGUGGAAGAACCCAGGCAGCAGCAUACGUUUUACAAAAAAUGGUGGAUGAUGAUGUGGUUUUGACUACAAUGGAGGCAGUGGAAAAACUAUUAAAUUUAAUUGAGCCAUUGCUGGUGGAUCAGGAAGAUCAGCCCGAUGAUCUAAGAAUGAAUGAAGAUUUUGUUGAUGAGCAAGCUCUUGUUUCACGAUUUGUUAAUCUCAUCCAUGCUCCAACAACAGAUCAACAGUUUUUGAUAAUCAGUGCAGUGAGAAAACGUUUUGGUGCUGGUGGACGUUAUCGCAUUCAGUAUUCGCUACCUUCCAUUACUUUUGCCUUAUAUCAGUUAAUUGUUCGCUAUGCAGCUGAAACCGAUGAUCAAAAACGUGACGCAAAGCUACAAAAAAUGUUUGUAUUUUGUAUGCACACAGUAGAUGCUUUGGUUUCAACUGCAGAACUGUCACAACUACCAAUACGCUUGUAUCUGCAGGGAGUGUUAAUAGCUGAUCAAAUCCAAUUUGACAACAGCGUAACUGUUGCAUAUGAAUUUUUUUCCAAGGCUUUUUCCAUUUAUGAGGAGGAAGUUGCCGAUAGUCGAGCACAACUUGCUGCAAUAUCAUUACUUAUAGGUACUCUUGAGCGAGUAAAAUGCUUCACGGAAGAAAAUCACGAACCACUGCGUACUCAAUGCGCCCAUGCUUCUGCUAAGCUUUUCAAAAAAGCUGAUCAGUGUAUAGCAGUUUGCUUAGUAGCACAUUUGUUUUGGAAUGGUCAUACAGCAGACAGGGAUCAUCCAAUGAAAGAUUCCGUGCAGGUCAUGAAUUGCUUAAAAAAAGCUUUGCGUGUCAUAUCUCAGUGUAUGGAUCCAGUUGUCCAAGUACAACUUUACAUAACUGUUUUCAAUCAUUACCUUUAUUUCUAUGAAGCUGGAUGUAAUGAGAUUACAGUUGAUGCACUGAAUCAACUUAUUGGAAAGAUCCGUGAAUUAGUUGUACAGCUGGAACCGUCGAAUGAAGCGGAGCAGAUUACUACGUAUUUUAACUUGACGAUGGCGCAUAUAAGAAUUCUUAUGGAAAACGAUGAUUACAGUGUAAGUUACGAUGGUAUCGUUAUUUAA